CUGGGAGCUUCCGUGUCCCCCGAGCUCACAGUCUUGUGCCAGAAACGCUGCUGCCGGGCUGGCCCAGAGCAGUGCCCAAUAAACACCUGUCUUCUCUUCCUUCCACGGCUCUGGUGCCCACCUGGGCUCCACACCCUGGGGGAGGCUGGAGGGGACAGGGGACAGCGGCAUGCGCCCGGGCACCUUGGCAUCACUAACCCGCAGGGCCCUGAACGCCUAGGGCUGGGGGCUCUGCGGGGCGGGCCGGGUCCGCCGGCCAGGCCUCAGCACCACAGCCCCCAGAGCAGAGGCAGGGGACACGGUCCCCAGACGGGCGCAAGCUGCUGCCCUGCGCCCACUCCCAGGCUGAGGCCAGGGCCGCCCCAGGAGCCUGGGCCCAGGGCCUCGCCCGCUGAGCUGCACCCCGGUGCGGGGUCUGCAAGGAUCAGGCGGGGUCAUCACGACAGCCCGUCCCUUGUCCCAUCCCGAGUUCCGGGCGGUGCGGACUCCGAGGAGGGCGGGGGCAGAGGAGGAGGAGCCCCCCGCCCCUCCCCGUCCCCUCCUCCUCUGGCCGGGAUAUAAGCUCCAGGGAUGGGGCCCUGACUAGAGGCCGCUGCCUUAUGCCCUCGGCCCCGACCUCGGCGCUGACCCCAUCUGCGACUCCGCGCUGCUCAUCGCGCUUCCGGUGCUGUGGCUAUGGAGCCGAUGCGCAGGUCACGGCCCGCAGUGGCUGCCGUGCUGCUGGCCCUGCUCGCCGGCCUGGGGGCGCUGGUCGACGCCUAUCCCAUUAAACCUGAGGCCCCAGGGGGCGACGCCUCGCCGGAAGAGCUGAGCCGCUACUAUGCCUCACUGCGCCACUACCUCAACCUUGUCACGCGGCAGCGGUACGGAAAGCGUGCUGGCCCAGAAGCAGCGCUCCCCAGCUUGCUGUCCCCCGACUAAGGCGAGGACCGGCACCGCCCGCGCAGGCCAGAUGACGCAUGCCGGUGAUGAACACGCGAGACCCGGAGAUGCCUGCGGCGCCGCGGACCCCUCUGCCGGGUGCCCUGCCCCACGUCCUCGUCCUCCAGGUCCCCAAUAAAGUGCAGAUCUCAGACUCA